AUGACAGAUGAUUACCUCGUAGAAGACAACAGGAGCUGUGCAACUACCGCCACUACCACUACAACACACACAACAGCAACGACGAGGAAAAACAACCAAAACACAUUUUCGUGGUCUUCGACAAGUUCGUCCUUCUCCAAUUCGACACUUUUGACGCAAGAAGAUGCUGCUGCACAGGAGGACGAGUUCUCUUCCUUGUACCUGAUACUUUUGGAUGAGUUCUUUGACCUGCCCACCAACGACAAGAAGGAAAAGAAAUUGAGUGAGAUACUGGGCCGUGCUGCUUCGCAUGGAGACAUUCACACCGUACGACAGAUUAUCAUGGACGAAAGGCUACGUCCGUAUUUGAAUCUGGAUGCAUCAGAUGAUGAAGAGAAUGAUGGUUCAACACCACUGAUCUAUGCAAGUUGCUUUGGAAAACUAGACAUUGUCAAAUACUUGCUUCAAGUAGGAGCCAAAGUGGAUGUACAGGACAAGAUUGGAUGGACUGCUCUCAUGUGGGCAACUACCAAUGGACACCAUCACAUAGUGCAAGCCUUGUUGGAAUACAGCGCCUCAUCAGAGACCAAAUCUGCCAGCGGAAGAACAAUUUACGAUCUUGUGGAUCUCGAGAACCAAGACAUGAUUAACAUCUUGAAUCAGACAAAGUUUGCAGAGACACAGCACCAACAACAGCAACAAGAGCAGCCCCAUUUACCGCCUACCAAAGCACUGGACACUGAAAAGGAGCUGUUGCACUGUGAAGAGAGCUUUCGAUCUGUACACAAGUUUAGCUGGGAUCAAUGCCUUCCAGACCAGAUGUUUGUGUUUGCUCAAGAAGAAGUGGAUCAUAUAUUAAACGUAGCCAUAUCCAAUUUAAAACUGCCCAUCAAGUCAAGAUCUGAAAUCUACGUUCCUGCAAACAUCAUCUUUUUGUGUGCACGAUUUGCUCAUUACUUUACGAGUAGAGAACUGGUGCAUGAGCUACUGUCCAAGGCAGUACAAAAGAUUGACGCCGUAGUCAAGUCCAAUGGCAAUGACAUCCAUACGCUGGCUUUUUGGAUUGCCAAUCUGUCUCAAUUCUUGUACUAUUUGAAAAAGGACGCUGGUCUUGUGGUUGCAACAGCAGAGCAUCAACUUGAGAUUUCAGAACUCAUAUCAGAAGCAUAUACACUGCUUGUGCUUGACUCGGAGAAACGCAUGGACCGUAUAUUAGAGCCUGCCAUGGUGGAAUAUGAGCAACUAGAUGGCCUUGAAGUCGUGGCAUUUGCGGAUGACUGGCAUCGCUUCUUUCGUCGCAGCAGGUCUUCUCCACCCAAUAGACGGUCUCUCGGCAACACCAGUAUCAUGGAUUCCUUGUCAUCACCGCCAUCACCACAACUACCACCAUCCCAACAGCAACAGCAACAGCAACAACAAAUAAGAGCUACAUUAUCACCCCAAUCCAUUACAUCACUGAUGACAUCUAUCCUGUAUGUGCUUCAAUCAUACGACGUACAUCCAGUGAUAGUGAUUCAGGCCAUGGCACAGCUGUUUCAUUUCCUGUCAUGUGAAGUGUUUAAUCGAAUACUGUUCAACAAGAAGCAUUUGUGUCGAUCAAGAGCACUCCAGAUUCGCAUGAAUUUGACAGUCAUUGAAGAAUGGGUGCGCGAGCAUCAUUUACCCACUUCAUUAGGCGCCUAUUUCAAUCCCGUCAUUCAGCUUGUUCAGUUACUGCAAUGCGUAUCACAACUCGCCGAUCUGAUGGAUUUCAUCCAUACGGUCAAGGCGUUUGAUUUGCUAAACCCCAUGCAAGUGAAGCGUCUGGUGCUCAACUAUCGCUAUGAAGUCGCAGAGCCUAAAUUACCCGAAGAAAUCGAGAAAUACACCAUGCAAAUAGCGGAAGACACACUCAAGAGUGUCCAAACAGAGAAGCAGCAGCAAGAAGAGAAGCGAUCCAUGGACACGAGUAAUAGCAGACCUAAUAGCAUCUCCAGUCUGGGCAGUUUACUCAUGUACAGCAUGUCACAGCAAAGAAAGAGGAGGCCCAAUGCCAAUCGCCUUUCUGUGCAAAGUGUACCAGACACAGCCAUGGACGAUGAUGCAUGCUCCAUGGCGAGCUUGGAUGACGAUGCGUUGACACACAGCAGAGAGAUGAUUGUUGAAAAGCGGGAUUCCAAGUACAUGCUGCCAUUUUCACUGCCUACAACGACCAAUAUGGUGCAUUCAAGAUGGGACAGCAAUCAAAGGCCAGAGCCCAUCGGCACGAAAGAAGACAUGAGUCUGUCGGAUAGCAUCUACUUUGAGCUCAAACAGAAAAUGUCGAUAGAAAGAGAAAAGAGCAUGCGAGAACGCAGUAUUAUCCCCACAAUACCAGAGGAAUGGCUAGAAAGGUUAGACCACCACACGGGCCAAUAUUAG